GCCGCCUGGGCUGCAGUCCCACCCGGGAGCCGGCAGGGAGCGGAGCUGCGGAGCCGCCUGGUCUCCCGCGUCCAUCGGUCCAUUCCUGCGUCCUUCUGUCCAUCCGAACGCGCACUUCAGCAGCAGUCGCGAGGUGGCAUGGCAGCAAGCACAGACAUCGCUGGACUGGAGGAGAGCUUCCGCAAGUUUGCCAUCCAUGGUGACCCCAAGGCCAGUGGGCAAGAGAUGAAUGGCAAGAACUGGGCCAAGUUGUGCAAGGACUGCAAGGUGGCUGACGGAAAGGCCGUGACAGGGACCGAUGUGGACAUCGUCUUCUCCAAAGUCAAGGGGAAGUCUGCUCGGGUCAUCAACUAUGAGGAGUUCAAGAAGGCCCUGGAAGAGCUGGCGACCAAGCGAUUCAAGGGGAAGAGCAAAGAGGAGGCCUUCGAUGCCAUCUGCCAGCUGGUGGCAGGCAAAGAGCCAGCCAAUGUGGGCGUCACCAAAGCAAAAACAGGGGGUGCUGUAGACCGGCUGACGGACACCAGCAGGUACACGGGCUCCCACAAGGAGCGCUUCGAUGAGAGCGGCAAGGGCAAGGGCAUUGCAGGACGGCAGGACAUCCUGGACGACAGUGGCUACGUGAGUGCCUACAAGAAUGCAGGCACCUAUGACACCAAGGUGAAGAAGUGAGGCUUGGGAAGACUGCCCCGCCAAGUGCGGCUGCCCCUGCCAGAGGCUCAGGCCUGGAUCUAAGGGGCAUGUGGAGCAAGAGAUCCUGGUUCCCUCCCUGCUGGACUUGCCACCCAGAGCUUCCUGCCUAGUCCCAUGGGGCCGGCCUACCAGGCCUCUGACCCAGGCUGCUCUGCGGCCCCUUCCUCCUCCUCUUCCCCCUCCGACUUCUGUCCACCUGGAGACAGUCUGUGCCUGUAGCCUCAUGACCCCAACCCAGCCCCAGGCAUGGCUAACCCCUGCCUGCUUGCCUCAUAUUUAAGCUGCUGCUCUGGCCAAGUGCCUAAUUUUAACCCAGACCUCAAUAAAGACACCUUUUGUACCAA